AUGGUAAUGUUCAAUAAUACAUUCUCCGCCAGGCUCAAUUCAUCAGGGAGUUUCUGGAGGGGAGGCAUUCGUUAUUGGCUGUCUCCGGACCUCAAGGAUAACAUUCCUGUCCUUUCCAUUGGCCGCCCCGCUGCUGCAAGCCUCUUCCCGUCUUAUUUUGAUGAUGGAUAGGACGGCGCGCUAAGCCGUGCCGGAGCGUCGUCCUCGCCGGCCGCACUCCCUCCGCGGGGCUCCAGCGCCACGGGGCUGCGUCGCCCGCGCCCGCCGCCAGCAGCCACAGCCACAAAAGUUGGGAUGCUUUUCUUCACCCAGUGCUUUGGGGCUGUGUUAGAUCUCAUCCACCUGCGGUUCCAGCACUACAAGGCAAAGAGGGUUUUCUCCGCUGCCGGGCAGCUCGUCUGUGUCGUCAACCCAACACACAGCCUGAAGUAUGCGUCGACUCGCUGUGCAGCUGCCCAGGCACCCGCGGAGCAAGGCGUCCUUCCUCCCUGCCACCACCACGAAGCGGUGCACGACCCCCAGCUGGUGCCUUGCACAUGCCCGCUCUUCUCUUGCCAGUGGGAAGGGCACCUGGAGGUGGUGGUGUCGCACCUGAGGCAGACGCAUCGCAUUGAUAUCCUUCAGGGGGCAGAGAUCGUCUUCCUGGCCACGGACAUGCACCUGCCGGCACCCACGGACUGGAUUAUCAUGCACUCUUGCCUCGGCCACCAGUUUCUACUGGUCCUCAGGAAGCAGGAGAAGCAUGAAGGGCAUCCCCAGUUCUUUGCCACGAUGAUGCUGAUCGGCACGCCAACCCAAGCUGAUAACUUCACCUACCGGCUUGAGCUCAACAGGAAUCAGAGGCGCCUUAAGUGGGAAGCCACCCCGAGAUCGGUACUGGAGUGUGUUGACUCUGUCAUUUCGGAUGGGGAUUGCCUUGUGCUGAACACUUCUCUGGCUCAGCUCUUUUCUGAUAAUGGAAGCCUAGCAAUAGGAAUCGCAAUAACCACCAGCAAAGUGCACAGCGCUGAGGCUGAAAUAUGAGGGAGAAGAGGAAGAAGAGGAGGAGGAGGAGAAAGAGGAUCCUCCAGCUGCCUUGUGAGAGCCAGAACUUGCAGACUUUUUUGGGGGGUCUCAGGUCUUUUAUGGUAUUUAGUACUUGUCCACAGUGGGCAUUAUGUAAACAUCCUGUGGUCACAGUCUCCAUGUAAUGUAUUUACUGUUUUGUUAAUACAAUUUUGUGAGAAAUUUUAAA